GUAAGGGUCCAGGUGGACAUUUCAGGAGGUACAUGGCCCCAGAGAAACUUGUGGGUUCAUGGACCACUGAAAAAUCCCACGUCUGGUCUCUUGGUUGCAUUGUUUCCGAAAUGUUUCUUGGAUUUCCCCUCUAUAGUGGCUAUAGUGAUUAUGAGAUCAUCUGGAAAUUGACACAAAAUCACGGACGCUUUCCUGAUCAUCUCCUAAAUGGAGGACACAAAACACGGGAGUUUUACUUCAAAAGUCAGACUAACCACUGGCUUUUGAAAACACCUAGAGAAUAUGGAAAGAAGGUCCUAGAUGUCAAGUUAGUUUCCCCAGAUGACUUCAGAAGCCAACAGAAGUUAGGAUUCUUAUCCAAGAUGGGACAGAAACAAUUGGAGCAUUUUAUUGACCUGGUCAAAGGAAUGCUGCAAUUGGAUCCAGAAAAAAGAAUUCCUCUUCUUCAGUUGCUGCGACAUCCAUUUAUCGCAGGCAACAUGGAUCCCCCAAGAAUAUCCAUAGGGAACUUCAAACAGAACAAUGAGGACACCCAAUGCGCCCCACACGUCCAUCGUGGUCUAAAAAGAAAAAUCAUUGCCGAUACAGACUUGGUGGUCAACGUUUCUGUAGGAAAGAAAAG